AGGGCAUGGAAGGACCCAGACCUCCCACAGGUCAUUUAAGAACUCCAAGUUUUUUUCACAACAGCCCCCAAAGGGAGAGAGGAGAGCCUGGAGACCUGACUUGUAAACUAGAGACUGCCUGUCAGCAUAUUAUGGAUAUAACUAAAGAAAGGAGGUUGAAAUAUGAUCAUUGCUUUGUACUGCAACAACACAAUGAGAUCCCAGACUGAAGAACCAUUUCUAACACACCUCUGUAUCCCCAGGACCUACCACAAUGUCUAAUACAGACUAAGGUGCUGAGAAGAUGGUUAUUAUGUGCACAAUAUGUUUAUCAGAUGCAGCCAGAUGGUUCAACCACAGUGUACGGAGAGAGGGAGGUCAUUCCUACAUUCCUGCAAUGAUGCAGAUCAAGUGAACUGAGCCCCCAGACGGUAGGAGGUAAGAAAUUCUCUACCUUGACCAUAAGGCUGCCCAGAUGUCCAGGAGAUAGCUCCUGGGCAGGGGCGAAGGGAUUCCACUAUCCUUAAGAAAAAAUAUCCUGAAACCAAGAUCUUCAAAUGCUCAGACUCUCAAAUACCACGGCCCCGGGACUGAAGCUCAUUGCUCAGGAGGAUAUUCUCUGCUGGUUUAACGUACUUUCGUUCCUGUCUGAUCUUCCCGCACUGAGUCAGGUGACGCCCCGCCGCCCCUGUCCCCCUGUCGCCUCCCCUGCUAGAUUCCCUAUGUUCGGACCCCAAAACUCCAUUACCAAGGCUUAAAUGCAAUGUUAUGAGAGGGGCUGAGCCAUCAGUAGCAUGCACGUGACGGGCCCAUCACACUAAAGAAAAAAUGAAAGCAAAGGAGCAACCUCCUGGACAACGAAAAGACUUUUCCCCAUUAGCAUCCCUUCAGGUGAGAAACACGUGAGUCUGCGCCAUGGGUCAGGCAACCACGCGUGCCCACUGCCAAAUACCCGGACGCCACACCUCCAGGAAGGUGGGGGCCUUCUUCAAGGGGGCGGAGCAUCUUCCUCGUUAUUCCGCUUCCCAGAAGCCAUCGCGCAGCUUGGUGGAGAUAAAAAAAAGGGCGGGAGCGCACCGGGAGGCUCCAGUCAGUCAGGCGUUGGCGCUGUGGUCCUUUAUCUUUUCUUCACCCGCCUCCUUCCGUUCUGCUCCGCAGGCAGCUACGUUGCCAGGACGCUGGCGCACUCAGACUGUAGCUUGUUUCCUCAGGAAGGCGAAGAGACAGGCUGUGGAGGCCCAAGAGGUCCCCGAGGCCGCGGGGGUGGGGUGGCAAUGUGGUCACUACGGGUCUAUACCCGCAAGAAGCGGGCCGGCCAGAGGCUCAACCUAACCCCGACGCCGGACCUAGGCCCCACCGCGAAGGCAGAGGCCCCCCCAGGUCCAGGCAGAAGGCACGCUGCGCACUGCCUGAAAGGAAACGCGCACCGUUUGCGGAAGAUCUCAGAGAAAGCAGAGUGCAGUGGGCAGGGAGUUAGCGGCUCUAGGCCACCGAGCCCUCGGUUAAGAGUUACAGGACAGGAAAGCCUGCAAGAAAAUAGCACUAAUGAAGAGACCCCGGAUGAGAAGAUAGCUCCAUUGAGUGAGUCAGUGACUGAUGACCUCCAGGUUGACUGUAGUUCAUCCAAUAGUGAGCUAGUGUCAGGACUAAGUGUACAGCAUGGUAUUUCUAGUUCUCUUCUGAGCUAUUCAUUCACAGACUCUUACACAGAAUACAAGAGUUUUGAAGAGAGUUUAAGUAGUUUCCCAUCACCUGAACUCUUCAGAGGAUCAGAUUAUUUAGAUUGGGAAUGUCCCAAGUUGGAAGAACACAUGCGAUGCAAAAAUUCAACUCUUCUGGAUACCAGUAAAGCAGUAUCAAUAGAGAAGCUACCACAGUUUUCAAACCUCUCUGCAAUUUUAGGUAUGCCUUCAGAAGACUAUCAGAAAUGCCAUAGAGAAAUAGUGAUGAUGUUAGCAGACCAAAGUAUUUCUCCAAAACCAAAGAGUACUUCGCAUUCAGAAUCAGAUAAUACAGCUUGUGAAGUUUUACUUGCUGAGAAAACUUACCCUUCAGCCCCUGAAAAAACAAAGAAAAAAAGAACAAAUUCUAGUAUUCCUGAUAAGAAAAGCAGAGGCCUCUUAACAAGCACUCCAUCUUCGCAAACUGCUGGUUUAGUGAUUGAUUUGUCCUCAGUGCAGAGAGCAUCUUUUGAAGAACUAUUUCCAAAUGUCAGCAAUUAUGUUAAUUCAAAUGAAAUUGUUCCUGUGUCAAAUUUGCAAGAAAAUUCUUCAAAUGAG